AUGCUUCUCAACACCGUAAGCUCGAUUGUGAGCCAAGCGGGGCAGCAGUGUGGACUUCACAUUGCCGCACAUCCCGCAGUGAGCCAGACCCUGCUCCGAGCGUCGUCGCUGGCACUUGCAGCGACAGCGACCCGGCUGGUGCCCAGAGCCUAUUCGCUCAUGGCCGCCAGAUCGCUGGCUUCCACCUCUGGGCCGUUCCAGUGCCACCCGUCCGUGGCAUUUGAUGCCCCGACCAUGGCCACAUUUGAGCAGCGCAUCGCACGCCACUCGAUGCAUGCUCCCAAGCUCAAGUACAAGUAUGACACCCAGAAGGUCCCGCUUCGGAAGGCCUCUGUACUGAUUCCGCUCUGUACCCACCGCGGCAAUCCGGCCGUCCUCUUUACGGUCCGAAGUCAAGAGCUCAGGAAGCACCGAGGCGAAGUGAGCUUCCCUGGCGGCGUCCAAGACGAGACCGACUCCUGUCUCAACGAAACCGCUCUGCGCGAGACCUUCGAGGAGGUCGGCAUCCCCCCGUCGCAAGUCAAGAUCCUCGGCGACUUUCCGCCCGUGCCUGACCGAGAGUCUGUGAUCGAGAUCACUCCGACGGUUGGCUUUAUCGGCGAGAUCGACGAUCCCAAAGCGCUCUGCUACAAUCCGUCGGAAGUCUCAGAGGUGUUCUUGAUGACCUUGGACGAGCUAACGGACAAAUCCAAGCAUAAAUGCAAAAACUUCAAAUGCCACUGUCUCGGCGUUCGCAUGAACGGCACCGUCUGGGAGAAGGACGACAAGGUCAUCCGGGGACUGACGGCCCAUAUCCUCGAAAACACGCUCAACACUCUGCUUCAUACCAAGGUGUAA